UGACGUGUAAAUAAAUAUGUAAUUAUAUUAUAAGUAAUUAAUUAAAUACUGUAAAACUUGCGGUAAAGUUUCAGUGAAUCUACUUACAUCACACCUCGAAACAAAUACUAUAAGUACCUAUACCUUGUGGUAAAAUAAUGGGUGCUAAUAUCGGGAAACCGCAACAAAAACAGAAAACCAAGUGGUACGCCCACCAAGAAGAUAUUCUAGCUGCCCUUAACGAAGACUGCUGGAGACACGUGCUGAGCUUCGUGCCUGUCCGGGACAUCGUACGCGCAGAGAGGGUCAGUCGCAAAUGGCAAGAAGCGGUGCUGCUGUAUUUACGAGGUCAGAACAUCCGAAUAGAACCUGUGGAAUUCAAAUACGAAGACACCCGAGUAAACUGCCGCAUACUGCAACUACCAGAAACACAUGUCAAAACUCGUGACAUGUUUGAACAAGUUACUCAAAAGUUUGGGGGUUCAGUAGUAGCUUCGUAUUGUAAUAGCAAUGCGACCUUUAAAAUCGUAACAGGAAACUGCCCAAAUUUAAUACACCUUUCGUUUAUAGACUAUUCUGCUGUUAAAAUACCGUUUUUAUUGAUGCAUAAGAUGGCCACUGCUGUCAAUAUACACCAACUAAAACAAAUAUCGUUUAGGCACAUGGAACAUGCAACCGAAGAAUGUAUCAGUAAAUUUAUCAUUGGCGACGAUCUCCAAGAAUUAGUGAUCCGCAACAACGAAUACGUGACGGGGCUCUGCUUAACUCAUUUAAAAUCGACUAAUCUGAAAUCUCUCGGUCUUAUUUUUUGUACAAACUUGAUAUAUGAUCACCUACACUCUGCAUUAGACAACCUGACUGGUCUUACAAAGCUCGACCUCAGGAGUGAAGUGGAUGGGAUGAUAUUUCCUCUGAAUGUGCCGGGUAGAAUGCCGAAAUUGGAGGAGCUUACUAUACGUUAUGACAGUGAGCAAAUGAAUUUGGAAGUAUCUAUUCUGGAGUCUAUCGGUCUAUUGAGUCGUCUGCGGAUUUUGGACUUGAGCUGGCUUACGGGGGUGAACGAUAAGUGGCUGGAAGUAAUAUCUCGCGGAUGCAAACAGUUGGAGUCAUUGAACAUAAACCAUGCUGAAGUGACUUCUGAAGCUGUAGAAGCAUUAUGUCGCACCGCGGGGCCAACUCUCCGCUGGCUCAGUAUGGCGUACACCGUCAAUGACAUCGAUGACUAUGAUGUGCUGGCGUGCAUCGCCUACUGUCCUCAGCUCCAGGUUCGCUGGUCAUCGCCCCUGAAUGAGGAUGGGCCGGAGCGGCGCAGGCGAGUGGUGCGAGCGAUCCCCGCCGGUGUAAGCUUCGUGCCAACCCGACCGGUGCCUUGGUCCCCCAUACAGGACAUAUUUGGUGAUUACGUCGUGCAAUUUGACGACUUCUUAGAUGAAGAGCCUGAGAUCAACAACAAUGGCGCUGAAGACAGAAACAUCAGUGACGACGAGGACAAUGACAAUUUAUAAACAUUUUACUUUUCACCACACCUGCUGGUAAAGGCUCUCUAAGGGUCGGUUGCACCAAACAGACCUUUACCGAAUUUAGCGUUAGCAAAUCUUUUUGUUUGGAAAUUUCCUAAUUUUCCAAUAUUUCCAUUUUUCUACUGCGUGAGUGCGUUUUCACAUUAUCCGAUCCGAUAUCGGAUGUAGGACCGAUAUCCCAUACAUUUAAGCCGCCAUCUUUGAUUUUUGCCUUUGAAAUCCUUCCGACAUCCGAUAUCGGAUCGGAUACCUAAUGUGAAAACGCACUGACGUUGAUGUAGAAGACUGCUAAGGGUGUGUAAUGAUUGGUUUAACUUUUUUUGGUAAUAUUUGAUAUUGGUAUAUAUUUAACGGAUAUAAUCGCUCAUUAGACAAAAUUAACAUUUUGGUAUAGGCAACAACAAAAUUUCUACUUUAUUUUCUAUACUAAUUACAUUUCAAUAAUUAUUUCAAAUGAUCCUUAUUACGACUAAAAUACAUAUAUCAAAAAUGUUAUAUCAAUCGUUACGCACCCGUCUGCUAACUGUGAUUGAUGCAACUGGUCCUAAGGCUCUCUCGAUUAUUUCAAAACACAUGAGUAAAUUUCAUU